UUUAACGUGGCGGGAGUGCUCAGCGUGAAGCUCGCUUGACCAUCUAAAAUCGUCUUAGUGCUAAGAACGUUUUGGGGAAACCCACCCCUGCUGUUCUGUUAUUUAGAUUGGCAAGUGGCUAGCAACAUUUGCAUUUGCAGGAUCAUGGCACGGAGGAACUUAAUUUUGCGCUGUAGGCGUACACUGAAUGACUGCACUCGUCUUCUCCUAACAGAUGACCCUGGACCUGAUGUACGCCAGUCAACGUUAAUAAGGUUAGAAACAAUGCAAAGGAGCCUUGAAUGGGCAAGGGGGAGGCUGGUAAAUGUCUCUACAGCAGAUCGUCUCAUCAACGACAUAACAGAAUACUGCCAGGAGGUUAGGACAAGCAUCCAGGAUCCUCAAGCCAGUUCCAGGUACCAAGCACCACUGAGGUGGAGUAGCUCUCGAGGUCGUCCCCAUUACUCCAUCACUAGAGACCAGUUGUUGUUUUUUCAUGUGGCUUUACGGUGUCACAAAUGGCAGAUAUUUUGAAUGUGUCUUUGAAUACAGUGAAACGUCGUCUAAGACACUUUGGUCUCUCACGGUCUUAUUCUGAAAUGUCAGACUCCGUCCUGGAUGACACAAUCAGGGAUCUGGUAGCUGGAAAUGACCAGCUUGGACCAGAAGCUGUUAGGGCACAAUUAGGCGCGUCAGGAAUUCGUGUGCAGAGAUCCAGAGUACGGGAGAGCAUGCGGCGGGUUAAUCCUACAGCAGCGGCCCUCCGAGCAAUGUCUCAGACACUGCACCGAAGAAGGUACCAUGUUGCUGGCCCAAACUCUCUGUGGCAUCUAGAUGGGAACCACAAAUUGAUAAGGUGGAGGAUAGUUAUACACGGGGGCAUUGAUGGAUACAGUCGACUCAUUGUCUUCCUACGUGCUUCCAACAACAACCGGAGUAGCACUGUGAUGGAAAGCUUUGUUAAUGCAGUGUCCAAAUAUGGUGUACCCUCUCGAAUCAGAACUGAUCAUGGUGGGGAAAACAAUUCCGUAUGCCUAAUGAUGAACAUUUUCAGAGGUCCUGAAAGAGGCAGUGCUCUCAGAGGAAGGAGCACACACAACCAACGAAUCGAGAGGCUUUGGGGUGAUCUUUGGAGGGGGUUGACGAAUGUCUACUAUGACAUUUUCAGUUUCCUGGAGAGUGAGGGUAUUGUGGACAUAGAUAAUGGAUCUCUGGGCUCUUCAUUAUGUGUACUUGCCCAGGAUAAACAGGGAUUUGGAUGCCUUUGUUCGUCAAUCAUAGUUUGAGGACAGAAAGGCACCAGAGUCCAACACAGAUUUUUGUCCGGGGCUGCUUGGAACAGCAGGGACGACCAACCACUGCAAUGCGUGAUCUCUUUGGUGCAAGUGCUGUAACAAGUGAAGGCGGUCAGCA